AUGCCUUCGAAAAAAGUGCACUUCACAGCUAACCCUUUCAUUGGAAUUGAUGAGAGUUUAACAUUAACAUUUUAUGAGUUGGACAAUUUGGAUAAUGGAGAAAACCAAAGUUCAACACAGAGUGAGAAAACUGUAAAGGAUAUUACAAAAUUCAAGUACUUGGAUCUUGAAAAUGAUAACAGAAAGGAGAGCGGCUACCCAAUGGACCCACUCAUCACCAUCUAA